AUUAGGGAUCUAAAAAUUCAGAUUGAAUUGAACAAUCAAUAACUGAUAGAGGAAUGGCGUGCUUAUACAUACCAGUGAAGAGCUCGGAAGAGGUGGUGCAGGUGGCACUAGACCAGUUACCCCUUGAUGCCACUGACAUCAUUGACAUUCUGAAGGCCGAGCAAGCUCCGCUCAAUCUCUGGCUUACCAUCGCUAGGGAGUACUUCAAACAAGGAAAACUUGAACAAUUUCUACAAAUAUUGAAAGACGGGUCUAGUCCAGAAGUUGAUGAAAAUUUUGCGGACGUGAGAUAUGAGAGGAUUGCCAUUUUAAAUGCAUUGGGAGCGUAUUAUAGCUAUCUUGGAAAAAUAGAGACAAAACAAGGAGAGAAGGAAGAGCAUUUCAUUACAGCUUCACACUACUAUAACAAGGCUUCAAAAAUUGACACACGUGAGCCUUCAACAUGGAUUGGGAAAGGUCAGCUUUUACUAGCCAAAGGCGAUAUUGAUCAGGCAUUUAAUGCUUUCAAUAUUGUUCUGGAUGGAGAUGGUAAUAAUGUUCCUGCUCUUCUCGGUCUGGCCUGUGUCUAUUUUAGUCGUGGUCAAUAUUCAGAUUCAUUGGAGUUGCAUAAGAGGGCCUUGCAAGUGUAUCCUCAGUGUCCUGCAGCUGUAAGACUUGGCAUAGCACUAAGUCACUACAAAUUGGGUCAUCUUGAAAAGGCCAAACAAGCAUUCCAUCGUGUUUUACAGUUAGAUCCAGAAAAUGUUGAGGCUCUUGUGGCACUUGGAAUUUCAGAUUUGCAAACUAAUGAAGCUAAUGGUAUUAGGAGUGGAAUGGAAAAGAUGCAGAGAGCUUUCGAGAUAUAUCCUUACUGCGCUAUGUCACUGAAUUAUCUGGCUAAUCAUUUCUUCUUCACUGGUCAGCAUUUCCUAGUUGAGCAACUAACUGAAACAGCACUAUCAGCGACAACUCAUGGCCCAACAAAGUCACAUUCUUUCUACAAUUUAGCCCGAUCUUACCAUAGCAAGGGAGACUAUGAAAAGGCAGGAAUGUACUAUCUAGCAUCUGUCCAAGAAAUCAACAAGCCCCAUGAAUAUGUCUUGCCUUACUAUGGUUUGGGGCAAAUUCAGAUGAAAAUGGGAGACCUGAUAAAUGCCUCAUCAAAUUUCCAGAAAGUCCUGGAGGUGCAGCCUGAAAAUUAUGAGACAUUGAAGGCUCUUGGAAACAUAUAUGUUCAACUUGAGCAAAAGGAAAGGGCCCAACAACUUCUGAAGAAAGCUACCAAAGUCAAUCCUCAAGAUCCUGAGGCAUUUCUGGAUCUGGGGGAGCUGCUAAUUUCAACAGACGAAUGUGCUGCUUUAGAUGCCUUUGAAACUGCUCAUAAUCUUCUGAAAAUGGGGAAUGAGGAAGUGCCAAUAGAGCUUCUGAACAAUAUUGGGGUUCUCCAUUUUGAAAGGGGAGAGUUUGAGCUUGCUCGUGAAAUGUUUAUGGAAGCUCUGGGAGAUGGCAUGUGGAGUAACUUCGUUGAUGUUAAAACACAAUCCACACAAUAUCCAACUGGUGUCAGCUCAUCUCUCCGUCAGCACAUGGAGUUGCGACUAUUUCAUCGAUUGGAGGAACAGGGUACUUCUGUAGAGCUUCCUUGGGAUAAAGUUUCAUCACUAUUUAACUUAGCCAGAGUAUUGGAGAAGAUGCAUGACAGUGAAGCAGCUAGCAUUUUAUACCAUCUAAUAUUAUUUAAGUAUCCGGACUACACAGAUGCUUACCUGAGGCUUGCUGCCAUCGCGAGAGCUCAAAAUAAUAUUCAACUUAGUUUGAAACUGAUUGGUGAUGCUCUCAAGGUGGAUGAAAAGUGCCCAGAUGCUUUGUUAAUGCUUGGUGACUUGAAGCUCAAGAGUGACUACUGGGUCAGGGCAAAAGAUAUAUUCCUGACCGCCAAGGAGGCAAAUGAUUUGCGAGAUUCUUAUGCUACAGUUUGUCUGGGAAAUUGGAACUUCGAAGCUGCAUAUCGCAAUGAGAAAAAAGACAGCAAGUUUGAAACCAUGCAUCAUCAGAAGGCAAAAGGACUCUACACUGAAGUUCUAUUACAGCAUUCUGAUAACCUCUAUGCAGCAAAUGGUGCUGGAAUGGUAUUUGCUGAAAGAGGUCAUUUUGAUGUGGCUAAGGAUCUAUUUACACAGGUUCAAGAAGCUGCAAGUGGAAGUUCUAAUGUCCAGAUGCCAGAUAUCUGGAUCAAUCUGGCGCAUGUUCACUUCGCUCAAGGCAAUUUUGCAUUGGCUGUGAAACUGUACCAAAACUGUUUGCAGAGAUUCUAUUAUAACACUGAGAGUGAGUUGCUUCUCUACAUAGCACGUACACAUUAUGAAGCUGAACAAUGGAAAGACUGCAAAAUGUCCUUGCUAAGAGCCAUCCACUUGUCCCCUUCAAAUUACACAUUUAGAUUUAAUGUAGGAGUUGCAGUGCAGAAGUUCUCCUCUUCGACUCUUCAAAAGACAAAAAAAAGUGUGGAUGAGGUGCAAGCAACCAUAACAGAGCUUAAGAAUGCUGUUCGUUUGUUCAGCUUUCUGACUGCAGGUUCAGACCUUCGUUGUCAUGGAUUUAAUAAGAAGAAAAUAAGAACUCAUGUUCGGUAUUCCCAACACUUGCUUCAUGUUGCAAAAGUUCAUUGUGAGGUUGCUGAGCAUGUAGAGCAGCAAAAUCAGGAAAGAAUAAAGGUUUGGCGCCAGAUGGAACUUGCCGAUGAAUCUCUGAGAAAGGCAGAAGAGCAGAGAAAAUUACAGUUGGAGAAAAAGAAACAAGAGGAUGAACUGAAGCAAAUUAUGCAACAAGAGGAACAUUUAGAGCGCAUCAAGGAAAAAUGGAAGAGUAACGCAUCUACUUCAAAACGGAAGAAUAAGUCGCAUACUGAAGAUGAGAGUGGGCAAGGUGAAAAGAAGAGGAGAAAAGGGGGAAAGCGGAAGAAGGAAAAGAAGACGCGUUAUGAAUCAGAAGAAGCAGAUGCUGCGGUGGGGACUCAGAAAGAAAUGGAACAUGAAGAUGCCACCUGUAAGUAUCAGAUGAAUGACAUUGAAGAUCAAGUCAAAAACAACCCUCAAGAUUUUCUUGCGGCAUCUGGCCUUGAAGAUACCGAUGCUGAGGAUAAUGCCCCUGCACCUUCGUCAAGCGCCAAAGGACGCAGACGAGCAUUAUCGGAAUCAGAUGAAGAGGAACCAAUGAAUGUUGGUGGUGGAGUUGAAGAUGAAAAAUAAAUGUUGCCUGUAAAGGUCAGUCUGAAACUGUUGUGGUUUUAAAAUAGAUAUUUUUUUUCUUGUCUGUCAUGCGUUGAUUUCAGUUUGAAACUGGUAUGACUAUAAAAAAAAUUAUUAUUU